AUGGAGAAGAAUCGCUAUACCAAUCAGAAUCUGUCCAAGGGGCAGCUUUCUGAGACGAAGAAAAACCAAGAUGUUUCUGUUAAGUGGCCUCGCCAAUCCAAGCGUCGCGGAGAACAGUCAGACAGUGGUAACCAUCGCAACGGAGCUAGCACCGGUAAAGUACCGAACGCGAACAAAAAUCGUUAUCAGAACAACUACAACUACGAUGCUAGGCAACGGUCGCAACGGCCUGCUAAGCCCGCGGGUGACACUGACGGGUGUACCCUGGCCGACGAGCAACCGUCCGAAGGCGGAACCUCCGGAUUAGUGCCGCCGACUAAGCCGAACCCGACGCACGGCGUUCGGGGCGAACUACAUUCGGUGUUUGCACCCGGUUCGAAGAAGCAGAGCCUGAACCAUCUGCUGAAUUAUCACUACGCGCCGCGAGACCGCGACCAGCCGGUUCGGUUCUCGCGCACGGGUAACAUCCGCAAGGUGUCACAGCAAUCGCACGGCAGCUACAACAAGGAACAAUUUCUGCAGGCCAACUGCCAGUUCGUGGUGCGAGCUGGAGAAGACUACGACGCGCUGCUCGCCACUCCGGACCAGUUGGUUGACUGGGGUAAAGUGGAACAGGUCCACGUGUUAAGCUCUGAGGAGCCGCAGUGUCCCAUAUGUCUAUAUCCACCGGUCGCAGCCAAAAUGACCAAGUGUGGCCAUGUGUACUGUUGGCCUUGCAUCUUGCACUAUCUCGCGCUGUCGGACAAGGUAUGGCGCAAGUGUCCCAUCUGUUACGAUGCGAUUCACCUACCGGACUUGCGGUCGGCCGUAUCCAAACCGUUCCAUGCGUUUGGCAUCGGAGAGUACGUCACGCUUCAGUUGAUGCGCCGCGAGAAGGGCUCGAUGCAGGUGGUAGAGGUGACCGAGCAGCUAUCAAGAGCAAUGUUGGGUGCUGGAUUCGAAGGCCCACCGAUUCCGUACUUUGAUGCUAUCGGAGGCAACAGCAUACUAACGAAGCUGCUGCUGACAGACACGGCCCAGAUGCUGAAGAUAAUGGGGCGCGAACGGAUGGAGCUUGAGAAUCAGCUCGUAGCAGAUGGCGCGGACGCACCGGAGAACAUCUUUGUCCAGCAGGCACUCGAUUUGCUCGCCGAAAGGUGCGGUAGUUUGAGGGCAGGGAAGGUGAUCGAUUUUCCCGUAACAUUUGUCGAAGAGCAGGUGCAAUCUGCGAAUGAACCAGGGAAGCGAGAAGAAGCCACUGGUGGCGUGGAAUUGCAAGAGUCCGAAGCAGCCGUUCUCGGAUUGGCCCAAAGCGGUGUUGUGGGAUCGUUAGAUGAGUUUGUAAUCGACGAGGAGAGCAAUUUCACCGUCGGUGAUAUCGACAUCGUCCCCACGGCGCAGUGUGCGGGUGAACACUUUUACUUCUACCAAUCGGUAGACGGGCAGCCGCUGUUUUUGCACUCCAUCAACAGUCGCAUGUUGCAGGCUAUGUACGGCAGCUUGGACUGCAGCCCGCACCGCAUUACGGGGCGCGUUGUGCAGAAGGAUUCGUGUUCGAUGGACGAAAAUCUGCGCCGCCGGUUGAAGUACCUGCAACAUCUACCGGUUUGCACCCAGUUCGACGUGGUUGAGCUGGACUUUGGACCGUCAUCGAGCGAACUUGUUUCGGAAGAGGUAUUGCGCCAGUUCCAUGAUGAGCUCGUCAGUCGGAACCGUACGCGUCAGAAACGCGCAAAAGCGGAGCAGAAACGGGAAAAGCAAAUCUUUGAGUUCAACGAACGGCAACUCGGCAAGGCGAUGGCACGAUCGGCACGAAUUUCCAUCGAUUCAACCAAACAGUUUCCCUCGUGCGGUUUUUCCGAAUCGUAUCCUGAUUCGAUGUCAUCAUUAGGAACAAGCCCUGUUCCAAGCGACGUCUCAAGUUCCCCUGGAUCUAGUGUGUCAGCAGUGUCCUCCUGGUCGAAGAUGGUCUCCACCCAACCUACCAGCAGCCAGCGUUGGCCAUCGUUGGGAGGUGGCACUUCAUCCUCUUCAGUGGUUCAAGCCCCGAAAGUUGUUCAGGUCACUGGAAGCCGCAUAACGCCUUCCACAGCUAGCUCGCUCAGGUUCGGCGGGUGGCGCCAGCCGACGUCGGAUAUUGAUGAAGAUGAAACCGAUGAGGAGGCCAUUGCCGCCAGAGCUCCCCGCUUCAACAACAAUCUUGGGCGAGCCAUUGAAGCCGCACUCGAGAAAAAGGGUUCGCUUUCAAAUCAAUGCACUGUCGGAGCGGGAACAGCAACCGCAUCCACUGGGGGAAAGCGUAAGAAAAACAAAAAGACUCUUCUUUUUGCGUCGGGAAUGAACCUGAACUGAAUGCGAGUGUCAGUUGUUCAUAUAACCGCUGGAGUAGAUGUAUGUGGGUGGAAUUUGAUUUAUAUGCUAGUUGUUUUGUUUAUCGCCGUGUGUCAAAUUAUUUCCAUGUUACGUUUUAAAGCAUGUCGUACCGCAUCUUCUCUCCUCUGGAAUAUUUUUGCUUUGCUACACGAAUGUGCAAUGCGCUUCAUCUUCUUUUGGGGACGUGUAAAACAUGGAAUCGUAAAAAUAGCUAUUUUUUUGCAAAAAUUACUUUCCUUUAGUUUCUCUGACGUAAAAACAAUAAACUAAUGAUAGAUUGCAUGCUUCAGUAAUGGGAAAUAUGAACUGGGGGUAAAUACCCUGGACAAACUAUCUAUGUGUCCUUUCUACAACGUCAAAAAUCGGAAUAUAAUUUCGACCAAACGUAAUGUGGGUUUAGGAAUAAAUAAUAAAAAUUAUAUCCAAACAAUAUAACGAAACA